AUGUCUUCGAACCGUGCAAAUGUGAACUUCACCCGCGACAAGCUCUUCGACCUGGCGGGCCGCGUCGCCCUCGUCACUGGCGGCGGCUCGGGCAUCGGCCUCAUGGCCACACAAGCUCUCGUUGCCAACGGAGCGAAGGUCUACAUUACUGGGCGUACCGGAGAGAAGCUUGACCGUGUUGUCGAACAGUACUCUCAAGGAAGUGACUCCAUCAUUCCGCUGACCUGUGAUGUGGGCGACAAGGCGCAAAUCGCCAAGCUGGUCAAGGAGAUCUCGUCGCGAGAGGCUUGUUUAUGCAUUCUCAUAAACAACGCCGGCAUCAGCAGCAAGACGGUCUCUACUGAGUCAGGGUCCGCCGAGGAAAUGAAGAAGAACCUGUUUGAUACCGAGAGUGCCCAGUUCUCUGACUGGACCGAAACCUACAACACCAAUGUCGCACAAAUAUAUUUUAUGACUGCCGCAUUUUUGCCAUUGCUCCAGAAGAGCACCGAGCGCCAUCCCGGGUGGAGCGCAACGGUCAUUAAUAUCAGCUCCAUCAGCGGGAUGGUUAAGUCAGCCCAGCACCACUUUGCUUACAACGCAUCCAAAGGAGCAGCUAUUCACCUCAACCGAAUCCUGGCCUCCGAGAUCGCCCAUCAGGGCCUGAAAGUGCGGGUCAAUUCGAUUGCACCCGGAGUCUUCCCUAGCGAAAUGACAGCUAAUGAUAGCGGUGAUGACCAGAAGAGCCAUAUUCCCAAGGAGAAGUACGCAAAGGUACCUGCCGAACGACCGGGCAAGGAUGAGGAUAUGGCACAGGCUGUCCUGUUCUUCGCUGUAAAUCAGUACCUGAACGGACAGACUCUCGCGGUGGAUGGCGGAUACACUAUCAUGGCUGGCCUAUAA